UAAUCUCUACCACUUUCUCUUCAAUUUUCUUUAACAGCAAUUAUUGUUAUUCCGCGAUAGCACCGUUUCUGUUCUUACUCGGUCCAAGUUGGUAUGAUUCAUGUUGAAACUCCCAAUUACAAAACUAAUUUCAUCCCGCUUAUUAUCUGAACUUUCAUUGAUUCUCAGAUCUUAUUGAACAACUCAAGAUAGGAAUGGAUGCGCAGAAGCAGAAAAACAAGUACAGUAUAAUUGUUCCUACAUAUAACGAACGACUCAACAUAAGCCUCAUUAUUUACCUUAUAUUCAAACACCUUCCAGAUGUUGAUUUUGAAGUUAUUGUUGUCGACGACGGGAGUCCUGAUGGAACUCAGGAUAUUGUGAAACAACUGCAGCAGGUUUACGGAGAAGAUCGGAUUUUGUUAAGAGCGAGACCUGGGAAGAUGGGUUUAGGAACGGCCUAUAUUCAUGGCAUGAAGCAUGCAUCUGGAAAUUUUGUUGUCAUUAUGGAUGCCGAUCUAUCACACCAUGUAAAUUCUUCUGUUGACAGGUGCAAAUAAACAUAUAUGGAUGGUUUGACGGUUUAAAGAGAAAACAAACAGGCACUUUGUAGUUUGGAAAUUUUCUAUGUCAAAUUAUUUCAUACUCAACAAAUUGUAACAACAAUCAUUUUUAACAAAGAAAUUUUGAGAUUCUUGCUUCCUGUAA